UCCACUGCCAACAUGGCGCCUGAGAAAGGGAAGUUGAUUGUCAAAUCGGAUUUUCCUAUGUACAUAGUCAAAUCCUUAGGCGAAAGACAUUUCUUAGUAGCUGGUGGUGGAGGACAAGCAAAAACUGGCGUCUCAAAUGCUAUUGAGAUAUAUGAGAUUAAACAACGUGAGGAUGGUAUACAUGCAAGUAGUGUAUGCAGACAUGACCUUGGCCUUCAAGCCCCGAUGAAUGGUGCAACACUGUAUGAUGGAAGACAUCAUAUGUUCGCAGGAGGCCUUGAUGACGAGUGUCACUUAUUCUCACUAAAGUACAGAGUGAUUUCCCCUCAGAAAUCAGAAGCAAAGGAUGGAAAAUCAGGGUCAACAGAAGCUGUGAAGCGUAAAGGAAAGGAAUCCAAAGAUAAGGAUGAACCAUCAAGUAAUACCAAUAACCAUUCUAAUGAAACAAAACAUGUGACUUUUGAAGUAGAAAAAAUUAAAAGUGUUCGUACAGACUUUUGCAGUGAUGGAAGUUUUCAGAAAUGUGUUCAGAUUGGCCCAGAUCACAGUAUCAUAGCAACAGGUGGAGCAGACGGACAUCUCAGAGUUUGGAAGACAGAUGGAAUGACAAAGUUACAUGACAUAGCAGCUCACAAAUCUGAGAUAGAUGAUCUUGAUAUUAGUCCUAAAGGUGAUAAAAUUGUUACAAUAGCUAGAGGAAAUUUUUUUUGUGUAUGGAACACCAAAGAUGGCAAAAAACACCUAGAUAUGGAGUGGCCUGGAAAAGCAGGAGAGCAUAGAUUUAGAGCUUGUAGAUUUGGUUUGAAAGAAGGGAACUUAAAAAAGGGUUUUAAUUUGUACACUAUAAACAUCCCUAUAAAGCGACAGACUAAACCAGAUCCUUGUUUUAUAGCACUAUGGGAUGGGGAAAGUUUUAAACCAAGACUUGUGAUGAAUGCUGGUACAGAGGUACUGUCCUCUCUAGCAGUAAGUGAUGAUGGAGUAUAUGUUGGUGUUGGAAUGAUAACAGGAAGUGUAGCUGUGUAUACCUCCUUCAACCUACAGAAACUAUAUUACAUUAAAGAGGCACACAGUAUAUUUGUGACAGGUUUAGAUUUUAUGCCAGUCUCUGAAGGUGCUAGAGCUGUAUCAGGGAACCAGGACUUCACCUUACUUAGUAUAUCUGCUGAUAAUACUGUGAGAGUCCACCAGGAACCAACCAGAGGCUCAGUCAAUGCAAUAUUUGUUCUUCUGGCAGUUGCAAUGAUACUUAUAGGAAUUUUCUACUCAAUGGCAUGGAUUGGAUUGUGAUGAACGCUUUUAAACAUUCCCGUGUAGAACUUUUAUUUAUCGUGAACUGUUGUGGGUUGUAAUUAGAUAUAGAAAAGCGGCAAGGCAAAGUUUGUCUGUGAUAUUAAAACUUUGACGAUUAUGAUAAGAAAGGUUGUUUCAAGGCAUUAAAAGAAUUUUGUUGACAGUUGAGCUACAAAUAUUUUGCUUGACUCAAACAUUUGCAAUUUUUUUCCUGUUGUUAAAGACCUUUUGCUAUGAUAAAUAUUGUAUUUUUAUGCUCCUCGAAUAAAACCUUAUUACAUGUAGUAAAA